AUGCCGUUCAUGCCGGUGAAGUUCACCCUGCAGAAGCGGGUGAAGCUGGCUCAGGGUCUGUGGAUGCUCUACUGGCUCUCAGUCAUCGUGGGGAUUCUGAUCUUCAGCCUCGGCAUCUUCUUUAAGAUCGAACUGCGGAAGAGAAGCGAAAUGAUGGACAACAACGAGAGCCAUUUAGUGCCCAACCUGCUGAUCUUGGUGGGCAUGUUGGCCUGUGGGGUCAACGCCUUCGGGGGAAAGGUGUGCCACGACUCUCUCGACCCAGUCAAGUUUGCGAAGUGGAAGCCGAUGCUGAAGCCGUACCUGCUGCUGUGCUGCGGCUUCAACGCGCUGCUGCUGCUGACGGUGCUGCUGUGCUUCCUCAUGCAGUUUGCCAUGUACCUGACGCUGGCCGAGGGCCUGAAGAACAGCAUCAAGUUCUAUAAGGACACGGACACACCGGGACGCUGCUUCAUGAAGAGGACGCUGGACAUGACUCAGAUCGAGUUUCGCUGCUGCGGUAACAACAACUUCAGGGACUGGUUUGAGGUGCAGUGGAUCAGCAAUCGCUACCUGGACAUGAGCAACGACGAGGUCAAAGAUCGUGUCCUCAGUAACGUGGAAGGGAAGUACCUGAUGGACAGUGUCCCGUUCAGCUGCUGUAACCCUGGGUCCCCUCGGCCCUGCAUCCAGCAUCACCUGACCAAUAACUCCGCCCACUACGACUACGACCACCGCACUGAGGAGCUGAACAUCUGGACCCGGGGCUGCCGUGAGGCCCUCUUCUCCUACUACAGCGGCAUGAUGAACAGCAUUGGAGUGCUCAUCAUCGCCACCAUCAUCCUGGAGUCCGCUGACAUGGCGGGGUUGAAGUACCUGAGCACGGCUCUGGAGACGAUGACAGACCCGGAAAACCCCGAGUGUGAGAGCGAAGGCUGGCUGCUGGAGAAAGGCGUGAAGGAGACGUUCACCGAGCUGCUCGCCAAGCUGAAGACACUGGGGAAGACCAACCAGGUGGAGGAGGGCGGGGGCACGCCGGAGGCCACCACCUGA